AGGACAGUGGCGGCGGAGUCGAGUUUCGGCCGGAGUGGCGAUUAGACGGCGGCGGGAGGAGACACACACACCGAGCGCGCGCACACUCACUCACACACUCGAUCGCUGACUUGGAUAUAGAGAGAGAGAGAGAGAGAGAGAGAGAGAGAGAGAGAGAGAGAGAGAGAUCCGCGCGCGCACACUGACUCACACUCGGUGUGGAGGACACACGGCGGGCGACUUGCAGAACGGGGUCCGAGAGAAGAGCGAUGCGGACCUGGGCGCUGUGCAGCCUGCUGCUCUCCGCCGCCCCAGCAGGCAGCUGGGCGGCCAUGACUGUGACGGUGACGCCAAAAGUGGAGGUCAUUAAGGGGGAGAGCGUCACCCUGCCCUGCCACUUCGCAGCGCCCUCGCUCCUCGGCAACAGCAUCGUCGAGUGGUUUAUUGAUGAGGGUGGCUCGAGGAAGCGGGUAGCUUUCAGAACCCUGUCGGACGGCCGUUGGGCCGUCGAUCACGGCACCCAGCUCUCUGGACGGGCGUCCAUAGGGCAGGACAACGCUCUCGUCAUCAACCCCGUGCACGUCGGCGAUGACCGGCGCUUCCAUUGCCAGGUGACGGCGGGGCCCUCCGGAGCCGGCGAGGCCACCACAGAGCUUAAAGUCUUCUUUCCACCGGAGAAGCCAGUGGUAACCGCCUCCAAUCAGGUUCUUUCUGUCCUGGGGGACACCAGGUCUGAGGCUGGUCAGUGUAUCAGUAGGAAUGGCUUUCCAAUGCCGCGCCUCAUCUGGUACAAGAACUCCAUGCCCCUCCCGGAGGUUAAGGACCCCAAAGAGAAGAUGUACAUGAUGCAAAGUCAAGUGAAGGAAGCGUCAGGACUCUACACGGUGACCAGCACGCUGUAUCUGCAGCCCACCAAGGAAGAUCGUAAUGCAGAGUUCCGGUGCACGGUGGAGUACCAAAUGCCCAAGGACCGCAUUGACAAGCUGGACUCCGACUCCUUCUCUCUCACGCUGCACUAUCCCACCGAGCAUGUGACCUUCUCGCUGGAGACAACAGGCCCAAUCAAAGAGGGUGAUGAAGUGAAGAUGAAAUGCGAGGGUGACGGAAACCCUCAACCUCCGCUCGAUUUUUCCUUCAUUAAUAAGGAGGGAGAAGAGUACCCCAAAGAAGGUCUCGAAGGAGUGCUGACCUUGCAUUCCGCAACCCGGGCCGACAGCGGCACGUACCGAUGCGAAGCGCUGGACGUUGACUUCUUGCAAGAGGGCCUUUUCCAAGAGCUCGAGCUCUUCGUUCACUACCUGGAGCCAGUGAAGAUCACCCCCGCCGGUCCCGUCAACGUAUUCCUCGGGGAAAAGGUGGAGCUGCGCUGUAAGACCAAGGGCACGGACAAGCACACCAUGCAGUGGAAGAAGGGUGCGACCACGCUGUCCAAGACCGAAGUGUUGACUGUGGCCUCGGUGUCAUACUCAGACACUGGAGUAUAUUCCUGCGUGAGCACUGUGCCCACUGUUCCUGGCCUCCACGCCCAAGGCAACGUGACCGUCACAGUCUCUGGGAAGCCCAUGAUCGCCACGCCCAGCGAAGCUAAAGUGCAGAAACUAGGCGACGCGGUGACCCUCUCCUGCUCUGCCCAGGGUCACCCGGCCCCGCAGUUCUCCUGGACAUCAUCAGGAAAAGAGGCGGUGACCGUACUCGAGAAUAAAGUGAUCAGCAAGCUGACGGUGGAGGCCACGGAAUCCAUCCUGAAAAACGGCGUCGCCUGCGAGGUGGCCAACGAGCACGGACAAGACUCCAAGCUCUUCAGAGUUGUCCUCAGCUCAGGGGGUUCCGAAAACGGCGAGUCCCCAGACACCAGCGACGCCGACAGAGGAAACCCUGUGCUUAAAACAGCUGCUACGGCCGACAGGCAGCAGGGCGGCUCCACGGGUGUCGUGGUGGCGGUGGUGGUGUGCGUACUGCUGCUGCUCCUACUCGUCACCAUGCUGUACUGCCUGCAAAAGAAGGGGAAGCUGCCCUGCGGGAAGGAGGACAAGAAGGAAGUCGCCGCUGGAGAAGUGAACAACGACAUCGUGGUGGAGAUGAAGUCGGAAAAGGCCAACGAGGAGGCGGAACUCCUGAACAAGCGCCCGCCGGCGGAGCAGUGAGGAGCGCAAGAGUGGACUUCGGUGGACGGAGGGGCCGGCGGUCAUGUCUUGCGGCGGGAGAUUUAACUUCUUUUCGACAGAGACCCGAACCUGAAAGAGCAAAUAGUAGGGGAGCAGAGUACAAUUGAGGCGUAGUGUUGUGUAACAAGGACGGUUUUAGGAUAAAAUAUCGUACCGUGGGUUUUAAAACAUUCUCGGAAAAUCUGAUUCGAUCGUUACUUUAAGCCUUGUUGCCGCAAUACGAUGCAGAGCGGCAAAACACACUGCACUACAGUGAUUUUUUUUUUUUUUUUUUUUUUAAACCAUGCCUGCUGAAACAUGAUAUGCCAGUAAGUUACUGUGUUAUACUUCAUUGCUUUUGUCCAUAAUGUAAUCUACUGAAUAUCUGUUUAGUGACUUUAAUUCUGUAUGUGCCUUUGCUGUUCUGUACCGCAUCCGCACUUAAUUCACAUCAUAGACGUACUUUGAAGGCACUGUAAAACCAUGUAUUUUUUU